GGCGUGGGCGAGUCUAUUCCGGAGAGGAGGCAACUGCCCGUCGGAGGCUCGUGCGAAUCGAAAGCCCGGUUCCUCCCCUCUCUUUGGUAUCACCUAGGGCAAGGUGCAGAGCGUCGGGUCGGUUUGGAGGAGCGUUGCGCUGGAGCUGCGGGUGCCUGUGCCAUGAGGCACCUGCCGUACUGCCACCGGGGGGAGGUGGUGAAGGGCUUCGGCAGAGGCUCCAAGGAGCUCGGCAUCCCCACGGCUAACUUUUCUGAGGAAGUAGUCGAAUGCUUUCCAUCUGAUAUCUCUACUGGUAUAUACUAUGGAUGGGCCUGUGUUGGAAAUGGAGACGUGCAUAAAAUGGUUUUGAGCAUAGGGUGGAAUCCUUUCUAUAAGAAUGUUAAGAAAUCAGUGGAAACGCACAUUAUCCACAGCUUCAAAGAAGACUUUUAUGGAGAGAUUCUUAGUAUAGUCAUAACUGGAUACAUUCGACCAGAAAAAAACUUUGAUUCCUUAGAGGCGCUCAUUUCAGCAAUUCAUGAAGACAUUGAAGAAGCAAAGAGACAGCUUGAUUUACCAGAACAUCGUAAAUUCAAAGAACAUAGCUUCUUUCAUCUGCCAGAAGGCAAAAUAGUGAAAAACCACUGAUCAAACCUUUGCUGGUUUAUUAAUUUCUUUGUUUGCUUUUUAUCCCCUGUCAUGGAGCUUUUAUAUUGACACAGCCUUUAUAGGUAAUUUGUUGUCAUGUGUAUGUUUAGGUAACUGAGGCUGGAACUACCAUACAAGGUUAUUUCCAUUUCCUUGUGUUAAUUCAUCAUUAACCCGCUCAUGCAGAAGGAGUAGAAGGCUGUUUUACAUCCUUGCAGAUAAGUUGCAUAUCCUAGAGUUACCAGUCACUCGGAGAUCUGAGCACAUGUGGAACAUGACCAAAGUUAGUUGUGAACUCUUCUGGCACUGAGGUAUGGUUAGUACACUUAGUGAAGAAGAUCUAGUUUUAAUAUACAGAAUGCUGUUCCAACCUCUUCUCCCAAUUUUGUCAUUCUUACAUCCAGAUUUUAGCUAGAAGAUUAGAAAAUUUGCUAUUGAUUAGGAAAUUUCCUGUGGUGCAGGAAGCCAAUGAUGAGAUAACAAUAGCAAGAUUAAUCCUUUAUGGCUCUUAUUUUUUAUAUGCUAUACAGCUGUUGUGGGUGAAAUUAUUUAAGUUUACUUGAAAUGGAGGAAAUCAGUAUUGCUCACUGUUGCUGGAAUCUAAGAUACACUUCUUCAUAGUUAACUGUACACAGGACAACUGUACAUAGGACCUGCAUGUUUACUUCUGAGGAAGUACUGCAGUGAAAUUCAGGAAGUGAAUGACAGCAUGAAAGUUGAUAAGCUUUAAAAGUUCGGGCACAAAAAAUGCAGAAGCAAUUCCUGUUGCAGAAAGGCAAAAGAGGUAACAAAAAGCAAUUUUGGAUUUCAUGUGCUGCUGACAUUUGCUGUAGGAGAGAUGAACUUUGGCGUUAUUCACUGCACUGACAAUAAACUAUCUGACUUCAUAGAAUCAUAGAAUGGUAGGGAUUGGAAGGGACCUGUAGAGAUAAUGUAGUCCAACUCCUCUGCAGAAGCAGGGUCACCUAGAUCAGGUCGCAUAGGAACAUGUCCAGGCGGGUCUUGAAGAAAAAUCUUCAAGACUGACCUUUUUGUAAGGCACAGGAAAAUAACACCUCUUUGCAGCAGGUGCAGGUUUUGGCUGACCAAGCAGUCUAAUACACAAGCAAAAACCUUUGAGAGAUUAGUGGAAUAAUAUAUUACCAUGACAGUGGAUAUUCGUUAUUUACUACAAGUAAUUGCAGCUGGCCCUGCUCUAGAAAGUAGGGCUAGGGAAUAUUGUCAGAAUUGAUAAUAACUCGGAAGGUACAUACUUAAGGUAUGUAAUGUGUGAUUCCAAAUCUCUUUUUUUUUUUUUUUUUUUUUUUUUUUUUUUUUGCACUGACAAAUUUUUCAAUCUACCGCUUAUUUGAACUAGGUAAGCUGCAGUGACUUUUGUCACGUUCAUAGUCAGACAACGUUGGCUUGUGGUGUGACUGGAACAUUUUCUGAAAUUCAGAGUGGUUCUGUGGGUAUGUCUCAUCAGCAGUUCUGUGUCUCAGCUACCAUAUGCAGUUUGGAAUGCACUGUUUCUCUAGUGCAAUUCUAUGAGUAUACUCCUUAUCCUAUCCUGUUUGAGUCCUACUUUUCACUCUUCAGGUUUAAGACAGUUUUAGCAAGGUAGCUGUUUGGGUCUUUGUGCCAAGUGCUGUCAGGAUGUUAGUUCCACUUCAUAUGGUUUUAACUUUGAACCAAUAUCAUAGGAUAUUAUUAGGAAAAAGGUCUUGAGCAAAUCAAGGACUUGGGUUUGCUCUGUAGGAAUUCAGGAGAGACUUGAAUUCAUUUCAAUGAAUUGUUCACCAGCAGAUACAGAGGGAGUUCAGGAAGAGGGAUGGGGAUGUGUUAUCAGCAGUUAGAUAUACUUUCUGUUAAGGGAGAAUAAAAUAGUUUAGUAGACUUUUACUAUAUAAGCUGGAAACUGUAUUUUUUAGAAGUCUGUAAAAGAAUUGUCUUUCAAGAGUGACAGCUGGGGCUUUUUAUGUUUGAAAACGUAGGAAUGGAGACUUUUCUUUUGUUCUUUGAAAAGAUUUGACACAUUGAAAUUGCAGUAAUGUAAAAAUCCUAUAUUUUGAAGACUAAGCAAAAGUCACACUAGUCGACUGAAUGUAUUUAAAGAAGAAAUUGUUGUUCAUCAUGGUACUAUAGCUAAACACUCAUAGCCUUUAAAGUUGGGGGUUUUUUGUCAGUAAUUUCAUGCCUGUAUUGUGAAAAUGAUGGUGCCUUAAGCUGAUUGUCUCAAGAAUACUUUUCUGUGUCUGCUAAUAAAUGCUGCUAUCGAAAAUUCAUUUCACUGUUUGGUUGUGGAACCACUGUGCUGUUGAAAGAGAACAAGGGCAAAGAGAAAACUUGAAGAAAUGUUAGUUUGCUCUCAAAUCAUAGCUGCAGUGUGAUGUGUGGAGUUCUGGUUGACAGCAAACUAAACAUGAGCCAUCGAUGUGCCUUUGUGGCCAAGAAGGCCAACAGCAUCUUGGGAUGCAUCAAGAAGAGUGUAGCCAGGAGGUCAAGAGAGGUUCUCCUUCCCCUCUACUCUGCCCUAGUGAGGCCUCAUCUGGAGUCCUGUGUCCAGUUCUGGGCUCCCCAGCUCAAGAGGGACAGAGAACUUCUAGAGAGAGUCCAGCACAGAGGGACAGGGCUGCCAAGAUGAUCAGGGGACUGGAACAUCUUCCUUAUGAGGAAAGGCUACAGGAGCUGGGGCUGUUUAGUCUAGAGAAGAAGAGACUGAGGGGGGAUCUCACUGAUAUUAUUUUAAAAUACCUAAAUAUCUAGCAAUUUUUCUUUUGUAUAUGGUGAUGGGAGAAGGGGUAAUAGAAAGAAGCUGGAACACAAAAAAUUCCACUUAACCAUAAACAGCUAUUUCACUGUAGCAGUGAUGGAGCUCUGGCACAGGCUGCCCAGGGAGAGUAUGAAGUCUCCUUCUUCUGGAGGUUUUCAGAACCCGCCUGGACUUGUUCUGUGCAACCUGGUCUAGGUGGACAUGCUUUAGCAAGGGGAGUUGGACUGGAUGAUCUCUAAUAGUCCUUUCCAACACCUACCAUUUUAUGAUUCUGUGUGGGUACACUGAACUGUUCAUUUUGUCCUCAAGUUAGAGAAAAUAUUAUUGUAUUAAUUAGGCUGAAUGUACCUGUCCAUGUCAUUUAAGAGAAAAUAUUAUAUAUCAACUGUUUAAGCUCAAAACAUAAUUCCUAGCACAAUGCAAACUUUAUGAAGGGUUAUAUUUUUGUAUCAUGUACAAGUAACUAUGUCAGUUGAUGUUGCUGCACUGUACCAUUAAUAAAGGAACUGUAAUUGA